CCCUCGGCCAUAUGGGCCCCGCAUCGAUUCGCCACGCCAGGUGGUGCGCGGCGCGGUGCUCAGCCUAGCAAGUAGUGAAGAGAGAAGUCGGUGAAGGAAAGUCAAAGAAGCGGUUCGACCAACAACCCGGAAUGGCUAGCUGCGUCCCAGGAGCCGAUCUAGAGUCGACAGAGGAUUCUCUGCACCGGUGCUACGACAAUUACGUGAUCGUCGACAUUGGUGCCAAUUUGACCAACAAGAAGUACUCUCGAGACCUAGAUUCGGUCAUUCAGAGGGCCAAAGAUGCUGGGGUCCAGAAAAUAAUGGUGACUGGGACGUCUCUUAAAAUCAGCCGGGAAGCUUUGAGGCUGACUCGAAUCUAUCCUGGCUCUUUGUAUUCGACUGCUGGAAUACACCCACACGAUGCGAAAUCUUGGGAAGAGGGCUACUUAGACGAGCUGAAAGAAAUCGCGCAGAGCUCAGAAUGUGUUGCCAUCGGCGAGUGUGGUUUAGACUACAACCGAAAUUUUUCGACUAUCGAGGAGCAGCGAGAGGUGUUUGAAAAGCAGGUAAUUUUGGCUUGCGAACUGAGAAAGCCAUUGUUCCUGCACGAGCGCGACGCCCAUGAGGACAUGCUCGAAAUCCUCGAUAAGCACCGCGAACGACUUCCGGCAGCUGUUGUCCACUGCUUCACUGGCACGGUGGAGCAGGCCAACCACUACCUGGAGAGGGGCAUGUACCUUGGAUUAACAGGGUAUUUGUGCAAAGAUAAGUCGGACAACGGCGUGCGCAAAAUGCUGGAAGACGGCACCCUGCCGCUGGACAAACUGCUAGUAGAGACUGACGCCCCCUUUAUGUACCCGAACACGAGAGCCUCCAAACUUCCAACGCAUGUCAAAGAAGCCUUAACGGAACGAUCUUUGACUUUCCUUCACCGAUACUGCACCUUCCAACGCAACGAACCCUGCUCGCUGCCGGCAAUCGUGGAAAUGAUUGCCGCGUUUAUGAAGAAGCCAGUCGAGGAGGUAGCUCUGGCGACUGCGUUCAACGCGUUGAAGCUGUUUGGCCUUACGCAAUGAUCUUGCCAUGCUGAACAAGAUUCAAGUAAAUAUAUCAUGACAAUCGUGAUGCAACAGAGGCAUCGACUGCGCCUUGAAAUGAAUACUAUUUAAGUAAGAAGGAUUUUUGCAGCUUUUGUUAUUAACCCACAGUGUAGUCGGAAAACUGUGAGCAGCCAUAAAUAUAUGCUUAUUAUUUGUAAAUAGUAAAAAGCAGUCCAUAUAUUUAUAAUUAUUAUACGUGUUAGGAAAUUAUAUUGUUUAUUUUAAUGCUGAACUUUACUAUUUUAUGUUGAUGGAAGUGAUGACAAUAUAUGCCAAACUUUAAAUAUGGCACAAUAACACAGUCUUUUUGUAUUUAAUUGUCUGCAUUCUGCAAAGGUUCUAAAUAAAAUGUGAUCAUUUUAAUGAUA